AUGGGCGGGAUCCGGGGGAGCGGCGUGCCGGGGCGGGGCGGGAGGGUGUCCCCGCGGGGUUGCAGGACGCUGACCUCUGCUCCCACCGCCCGGCGGUCCUCAAGCGCGGGUCUGGCGGAGCGCGGGGGCGCGCAGAGACCGCGAGGCGACCGCGAGCGGCUGGGCACCCGGCGGCGCGCCCCUCGGCCCGGCCGGGAGCCGCGCCAGGCGGAACCCCAGGCCCAGCGCGGCCCGCCUCCCUCGCAGCGACCCUCCCUCAAGAGUGCAGGCAGCGGACAUGCCCGUUCCACCCGGGGCACCCCCGCCGGCGCCCGCCGACCGCGGGUGAAGAAGAAAGGCCGGCCUCGCUCGGCCCGGAGCGAAGAGGUGGCCCGGGCUGACGAGGUGGCCCGGGCUGAACAGGUGGCCCGGGCUGAACAGGUGACCCAGGCUGAAGAGGUGACCCUGGCUGACGAGGUGCCCCUGGUUGGAGAGGUGGCCCUGGCUGGAGAGGUGGCCCUGGCUGGAGAGGUGGCCCAGGCUGACGAGGUGGCCCUGGCUGGAGAGGUGACUCGGAGCGAGGAGGUGACUCAGAGCGAAGCGGGGAUCCCGGGCGAAGAAGUGACUCAGAGCCAAGAGGUGGCCUGGAGCGAGGACAUGGCGGCCGCCGGGCUCACCGUGACCGUCACCCACAGCAAUGAGAAGCAUGACCUUCAUGUUACCCCACAACAGGGCAGUAGUGAACCAGUUGUCCAAGACCUAGCCCAGGUUGUUGAAGAGGCCACAGGAGUCCCGCUGUCUUUUCAGAAGCUCAUUUUUAAGGGAAAAUCUCUGAAGGAAAUGGAACAGCCAUUAUCGGCAAUUGGAAUACAAAAUGGUUGCCGGGUCAUGUUAAUUGGGAAAAAGAAUAGUCCAGAGGAAGAGGUUGAGCUGAAGAAGUUGAAAGAUUUGGAGAAGUCUGUGGAGAAGAUAGCGAACCAACUACAAGAAUUAAAUAAAGAACUUACUGGAAUUCAGCAGGGUUUUCUGGCCAAAGACUUGCAAGCUGAAGCUCUUUGCAAACUCAACAGGAGAGUAAAAGCCACAAUUGAGCAAUUUAUGAAGAUCUUGGAGGAGAUUGACACGCUGAUUCUGCCAGAAAAUUUCAAAGAUAGUAGACUGAAAAGGAAGGGUUUGGUGAAAAAGAUUCAGGCAUUUCUAGCUGAAUGUGACGCAGCGGAGCAGAGCAUCUGCCAGGAGACAGAGCGGCUGCAGUCUACAAACUUGGCAUUAGCCGAGUGAGGUGAGGUGGGAGAGGCUCUGAAGAACAGCACCACCAGCUCUUCCUUCUCUGGAACAGAAGUCGCCUGAUUUCUCCAGGGUUGUGGGGGUCAUUUGGGUGAUUGCCGGUUUUCUUACUGCCACACCUAUUCUCAGUGAACAAGUAUUGUCUUUGCAACCUUAAAUGGUUCUGUUUUCUCAUCCUGUCUCUUUGUGACUAUUGUCCAGCAGCACAUCUUGUCUAAAGGCUUCCCUGCCCAAGUCUUUCCGGCUCCUUUGACCUUUGUGUGCUUCCUUUGGCCUGGUGAGAACGCUCAAUUGUCCUGGGAUAGUUCCACUUUAGCCCACCCUGAUUUUUCAGAUAUGGAUGCCCUUUUUGGUCUUGUGAUCCCAUAAUCCCAUAGAUGUAAACCAGAAUCACCAGGAGGUUGCAUCUAGUCAGGAAUGUUGGGAAUGGCCAGGAGCAGGUGUUUGGCACACGAAUAGUCCAGGUGUCCCUCAUUGUGACUUCACUGCAGAACAGCUGGCUGGGUGGUUGGUUCACAGACCCUGUCUUUACUUCCCAGUGAAUACCCAGCCUCAGGCCUUUAGAUCUUAAAGGCCGAUUCCUGGGGUGGCAUCUAUGGUUGAAGCCUGCACUUCCAACAGAUGUCUGGAAGGUUAGAACUCAGUAUUGACUGAGUCUCUGCUAGAAACCAGGUUAGAUCCCAGAGAGGGGAGCCAGAGUGUAAAGCACCCGGUGGUGAAGCCAGCCAAAACUUCUCAGGCGUUUCUUAUAGGCAUUUUGUUCACCUUUCUAGCAUAUUUCCUACAAAGCUGACCCCAUUCAUUUGUGGUCUUCCCCAAACCCCCCCCCCCACUUUGUAAAAAAAAAAAAUGUGUGUAUAUGCCAGCAAGCAGAAGGGUGUUUAAACUUAUUUUUGGAUAAAAUUUGAAACGCAAAAGCCUUCUGUGGUUGUAGCUAUACUUUAUGUUUUAAUAAAGUCAGAAGUGGCCCUAGAACUCUUGAACAGGUCAGCUGCUGUCUUCCUUUCUCUUUUUUUCCACACAGCGCCCAGGAUUGCUCCCGACACCUCUAAGGCUGACCUGAUUUGGCAGAGGGGGGCGUCCACUGAUCCACCACAAGGUGGCGGUAGGGGUGAACUAGUGGGCAAGGCAUGGGCCCAGCCGAUCACACACCCCUAGCUUUAAACACAGUAGUUCAAUAUUUUUGUUUUCAUGUAGUAGCUGUGUGGUCUUGGGCUGCACAUUUAAAGAAGAGUUACUGUGUGCCAGAUUCUAAAUUCUUUAGGUGUUUUACUUGUUUAAUCCUCACAUAACCUAGGAGGUAGACAGAUACUACUCCUAUUUUAGAGACAAGAAAACAGAGAGAACUUAGGUAAUUAGCUUUUGUGCAAGUGGCAAAACCAGGACAGGAAGCUGGGCAGUUUGAUCUAGCCUGUGCUCUCAAUCUCCACUGUACUGCCUCCCAGCCACCCCAGGGUCUGGUGCUCAUGCACAUUUCUCUCCUCUCUCUCAUGUUCUCUCUCUGCAUCUCCCUCUGUUUGUCUUUCAUGCUGGCCCUCUCCAGUUCAUUCUCCACACAGCAUCCUGAGUGAUCACGAAGUGCAAAUCUUACUGUGAUGGUCCCCUGCUAGCAACCUUCAAUGGCUCCCAUUUCUCUUAGGAUAAAGGAUGAAAUCCACCUUACACCGUGCCACAUCUCAUCUCGGACCAUGCUCCUGCCUACUCUCUGUUGUCAGCUACUCUGUCUUCCAUCACGUCUUCAGAUGUCCUAUGCACUCUCCUGCCCCAGGGUCUUUGUGCACCCCAUUCCUGUGCUUGCUCGGCUCCUCACCAUCCUUCCCCGAUUCCCACCCCUUUGCUAGGUAACUCUUAUUCCUCCUUCAGAAUUUGUCUUCUUCUCUGAAGAAAUCUCACCUGAGAACAUAUCGAGCUCAUCUGUUUAUAGCUUGCCCUAACUUUUCCUUAUGAUAAGCAGCAUUUAUCAUAAUCUGCGAUGAUUUAUUUCUGGGAUUAUUUGGUUAAUAUUUGCUUUUUACACUGGGCUAUAAGUUUGAGUUAAGGAGCUUCUUUGUCUUGUUAAUAGCAUAUUUCAAGCACAUUGGCUGGUUUGUAGUAGGUACUUAAUAAAUAUUUGGAAAAUGAGUGAAUCACACAUGAAGAGUAUAAUUCCCACAGCUGCACUCAGCCACUGGAGCUCUAUCGGCAUUGGAAUUUACAGCAUUUAACAGUCAUUGUCUUAUUUCAGGGUUGAGAAGGUGUGGACUACUGGGUAAAUGAGCGAGGUGGUGUCUGGGCCUGUGUUCACAGCCCACCCACACAGAUCUGCUUAUCCACAGGAUGUCUCUGACUUUGAAGGGAGAGAACAUUCCUGCACAUAACGUACAUGGCACGUAAUGAGUUCUACCAAUAAAUGGGACUCCGUGGUUCCCACAUACAUCCUUCAGCUUCACAGAGCUAGAAGAAUUCUCCCACGCUGUCUUUCAUGAGAGACUAAGCUAGCCCCACCCACUCAGCUUGUGAAAUUGGGUAUGGUCAGUAUGGUAUGGCCAAUGGCUUCCAUGCUUUGUUUUUUCACAUGUUAAAAGGACAGAUUUAUUAAGAAACGGAGAAAGAAAAAGAGGCACCUGCAUAGUCACAGGUGGACAGGAGAACUACUGACUUCAUGCUUUGUUGUCAUAGAUUUCUUCAAUCCCUCAAGGCACAGCUUAAAGGUUAUCUCCUCAGAGAAGCCUUUGUCAUCCUGUAUUUAGGCCUCUUUUACUUGAAAAUGUCAGAAACAGUCCUCAAGAGACUGUUGAAAUAGAACAUUUAUUGGCUGGAUGUCAGGUUAUCCUAUGUAACUUUGGGAAGUUAGAGGGCAACUGGGCCUCAAAAACUGGAAUCAUCCCAUAUCUCUCUUUGCAUGCUGAUGGCAUUCUUUCUGUCUUGCUUCUUCCACAAGUAGGAAACAUGGCUGCAGGCAGCCCUACUUCAUGCAUCUUACAGCUUCACUACCAGGGAGAACCUGCCUCUGUUUCCUUAUUAAUUGAAAAACUCAAGAGAAUUAUUUUUACCAAUUAGCUGUGACCAGGGCAGCAGAUAGAGUGCCUUUAGAGCCCACACUUAAUUUCAGGGUGGUUCCCAGCAUCUAUAUAUUGGGAAAUUAGGUAUUUCUUCCAAUGUGGUGCCUGGCAUAUUCAGGAUUUUUCAUUGUGUGAGUGAAGCCUGGGAGGAGAGAGUCAAGGAGGAAAUACUUGGCUGAGCUGUACCAUUUGAGUAUAAGGAGGAUUUCCCACUUAGGGAAGAAACUUUGAGGUCACCAAUAUCCACUCUCUCCUUCUGUAAUAAGUGAACUCCUAAUUGCAGCUUAGCACACAACCAACCAGAUAAUAAUUUUUUCCCAAUCCAGUGCUAGCUUGACCAAGAGAUACAUUUCAGCAAAUGGGAUGUAAACAGUGUACAUCAUAUGAGAAGCAUCUUCAAAAGUAGUAGUGUACCCUUCUUUCUCCUCUCCAUUCUGAGGUUGGAAUGUAGACAUGAUGGCUGGAAUUGGGGCAGCCAUCUUAGACAUAGAGGCAGAAACUGAUGAGGAUGGCAGGGUAAUAAUAUAAAAGUAGCAUGAAGUUAGCAUACUUCCUGGGUGAGAAAAUGUGUGGGAAAAAUUAACAUCCAUCUAUCUAAGCCUCUGUUAUUUUGACUUUUUCUUUCCUCACAGCCAAUCUUGGUCUUGUAUCAUUCCCAUGUGGAAUGUUUCCAGAUGGGAAACAAGUUGCUAUUACCCGUAAUAGUAGAAGGGCUUAUAAAUAUCUCCCAGUGCCUAUGCCCUGUAAUCUGAGUAACAGUUCCUGUCCACAUUCCCAUUUGGAUGGUCCAGGGAAUGUUGGUUCCUGCCUUCCCCUCUCUGCACCAGUUUCCGCUCAUAUUCUAUGUUUCCCAGAGUUUUUCCCGCUCCAUCUGCCCACUCUAGAACAGGAGUCCAAGUCUAUAUGAAACUGCUCCCACCUGGCCAGUUUCCUUUCACUCUCCUCCCCCACAUAUACUCUAUACACUAUUACCAAGAGGCUCCUGCUUCUUAAGGCUUUUGCCUUAAGAAGACAUUUGGCAUAUACCACAGGCCAGGGUUCCAUGGAGGGAUUUCUGAAUGCUGUGUUCCUGUGCAUCACUGUGAGUGCACAUGUGCCGUGUGUGCCUGGGGUUGCAUCCGAUAUCAGCGUGUUAAACAACCAAUCAGAGUGAAUGUUGACCGAAAGAGCAGAGCAGGGACUGGAAAUCAUCCUGCUGUGGGUGGCCAAGUUGCAGUGGGGGACACUCAAGGACUUGGGGCAGCACCUAUUUCCAACUGUUACAGACCUGAUUCAAUAUUUCAACAAGCAGUUCAGCUGUACUGUGCGUGGACACUUCCUACUGCCUGAGUUUCAGUCGUGCUGGCAUCACUUGAGUAACUCUGGGGAGACUUGAGCCCAGAGAGAGAGCCAUCAGGGGUGUGGUACCCUCCCAAAGUUGACUGAAAUUGAGCCACACACUUUAGCAGUGGCAAAAGGGCAUAGAUUGCUCCUAAUUACUAACCUUAGUGACAGGUUGGGGCAAAAUAGAGCACUGGCAGAGUACUGGGGAUCGGGACUGACCUGUCAGAGUCUUGACCACCUUAAGGCAGAAGAGGGCCUACCUGGUGGCGUAGGGGUUAAAGUUAGCACUAUCAAGCUAUCACUAGCCAAUGUGGCCUGAGUUUGCUCCCUGGCCAGGGAGCUGACCCACAUGGCACAGCAGACCUCUCCUGUCUCCCCGCUGCACCCCUCAGCAGUGUAUUUCAGUAGCUCUGCCUGUUCUGCUCCCCACUCUGUCUCUGGUGAAUCCUCUCACUGCCCCUGCACCUCUGGCCUGCACCCCACUUGUAUGCAUAAAUAAAUAAAAAUAGAUCUUGAAAAAAAAAACAACAACCAUAAGGCAGAAGUUACCUGGGACCUUUUGGAGGAUAUGUGAGGAGGAUGAGGAACUCUGCAGGAUGUCAGGUUCAGAGUGGGGGAGGGCAGCAAAAUUCUACCUUCCCCCGUUACCUCCCUGAGUCCCCAAAGACUACAGCCCACUUGGCUGCAUUGGGCUAGCUCUUUUAUUUCAUAUCACAUCUCUGCUUCUACCAUUGCUCUCCAUCCUGAAGCUUCUGGCUUACAGGUCUGUAGGCUCAGCACUUGCCAUCCUUUAUGAUCUGGAUGUCCUGUUUGGUUUUCCUAGGGUCACAGGAGGAAAAGAUGAGGUCAUGUCGGGAACUAUACCUUUCAGUUCAUCCUGGCGCCCUGCUGAGUCAUCCACUACACACCCAGUGCAGGUCCCAGGGGUCUCUGGGCACAUUUUUUCACAGCUUUUCCCUCCUGCACACCCUUCCUCUAGGAAAUUUCAACUUGCCGGGUGUCAGCCAUCACUACAUGCUGAUGGCUGCAGAUUCAUCUCUCGAGCAGAUCUCUAGGAUUAUUCUUGCAAUUGUCAUCGGACAUUGCCGGUGGAAUGCCCCAGAGACUCAACUGUUCACAAACAUCAUUGCCUCACAAAACUACCACUCCCCUCUACCCUCUAGUCUCAGUCUGUCCAUUCUACCGCCCGUGUAACCAAGAGUCUUUAAUUAUCAUCAUUUUCCAAGGACAAUGUCCAGCUGUGCUUCUAUUCAUCUGAAGUCUUGCAGUUUCCAAGGACUUUCUUCUCUAUCAUCUUGCUUAGCUCUGACUUGCACAAGGAUCUUAUUAAUGAAGAAAUGAGACCAAAUAGGCCAUCUCAUGUACCAACCUCACGUUCUGGCCUUGCCUGGUUCUCUAUUCAUUUCUUGCUUCCACCCCCAUUCUCUUUUAACUUCCAUCAUAGCCACCUUCUUAUAUUUCCUCAAAUACAAGUUUUCCUUUGCUUCUAUGCUUCUCCAAACUCAUUUUUCUACCUGGAAUUACCUUUCCUUGUUCUUUCUGUUUCCUAGCUGAUUUCUGCUUAUCCCUUAGGACUCAGGGGCCACCUCCUCCACGAAGACCUCCCUCCUCAUCCUUGUGCUUUAUUUGAGCCUUUAGUAUUCCAGGCUGCAGUUGGCUAUAAAUUGCUUCCCCCUUAGUCUUACCAUAUACCCCGGGAGGCCAGUGGUGCUGUCUAGCUUAUCUUCUUGUCUGCCUAGUGUCUAGCACCUAACAGUGCUCAAUAAAUAAUUGUUGGCUAGAGGAAAAAAUGAAAUGAGGUCACCCAGUCGGGCAGAACAAGGAAAAGAAUCCAAGGCUUCUGCCACUACGGCUAAAUCCCUCCUCUGCCAUCAACAGUAGCUGUCUGCUUGGAGUCAUGUGCCUUCUUUAAAUUAUAUUUGUGCUCAUUCUGUUUGGGGGAAUUGUUGGAGGACUGUUCUCAGGCCAAGUGUGUGUGAAGGAAGAAAUAGGUCAAAUCUUGCCCCUUUCAAACUUGUAUGUACCAGAGAUGGCACCACCCAGACAAGUUACAGGGAAGGUUGGGGAGUGAACUUACAUGCGGGCCAAGCAGAGGUGGCAUUCACUAUCAUAGGUGACCCCGUCAGUGCCACAGACCAGGCUGUAUGUCUUAGGACAAUUCGGAGAUUCUGUCAUAUGCUCACAGGCGGGCUGCAGAAGAGAAAGUAGGGAGGGUACUUAGGGAUCGGGAAACAGCAAGGGCGGACCCAGGGGCUCUGCUUGGAGUAGAAGGUCUCCGAGGAGGAACCAGAUUCAAGAAAGCUCCAGAAUGUGUCCCAUGAGCCUGAAACCAACCAAUGCCCUUGGCAUGUUUGCUUUAGCAUAUACAUGUAUGACAGUGUAGGUGGCUGUGGGUAUGUAUACCUGUAUCUGCUGAGCCAAUUAUGUGGGCGUGCAGGUGUGUACCCCUGUUUAUGUGGCUGGAGUGAGUUUGUUCCCUCAGGCUCCUGGGGACAAUUUUACACCCUUCAGAGGGUCUAACUGAAACCCCCCUGCUGCUGGUCCCUUUGAAGACCCCAGGCAAUAGAACCACCCACCAUUCCCAGGCCUCUCUCCCUUGGGGGCUCCUGAACUCAUCCUGGCCUGUACAACCUAUCAGGCCCUUGGUGUGGGAAAGUUGGGCAAGUGGGACAGGCCUUGAGAUUUCUCUGAGGCUCAGUCUGAAAGAGUUUCAGGGUAGGCCUAAGGCGAGGGUCAGGCCUGGGACAGUAUUAGGUGAGGAUGCAGGCCUUCAAGAUGAGAGUUCUCCCACUGAUUAUCUGUGUGAACUUGGUGAGUUAUUUCCACUCUCUGAGCUUCAUUUCUCCUUGUGCAAAAAUCACAGAAAUAAAAUUCUCACAUAAUGUUAAUUGGCAUAAUAUAUGUAAAGU